GUGUCUCGCACCUUGCGAGACCAAGCGAGACUGAGAAACUCAGGUGUGCAAAAUUGCUUUCUUCUGUCUGCUUGGCCGCUCAUGAUGGGCGUGACAGUGGAAACAAUUAAGGAAGGAGACGGUCAAACAUACCCGAAGCCUGGACAGUAUGUGACUCUCCAUUAUGUAGGUACACUGUUCACAGAGAAUGGUAAGAAGGUAGAUUCCUCUCGAGACAGGGGUGUUCCAUUCACAUUCCAACUUGGUAAGGGAGAGGUGAUCAAAGGAUGGGAGGAAGGUGUGAAAAGAAUGAGUAUGGGAGAGCGGGCGCGAGUCACAUGUCCUCCCAAGUUGGCCUAUGGGCAUAGAGGGCAUCCUGGAUUGAUACCCUCCAAUGCCACACUAGUGUUCGACAUCGAACUGCUGAAGCUGAGCUGAAGAUGUCACCAACAUCUCUCUAGCCGUCUCUUCAUCAUCUGGAGAGGGCUUCAGGGGAGAAAACUCCAGUACCAUGGAUUCUGAAGAUGACUACAAUUGACUGGACAUUUUAUGAAAUUAUAAUUACAUGUGCCAGUGUAGAUUUUGUACAUACGCAACCCAUGUAUUGUCAGGUGUACAUGCUUCGUCAUACUUUGUUGGGCGAGCCCAGUUAUAUAGUACCUUGCGCGACUAUGUAGUAGCACUGGUGCUAACCCUGCUGCCUUGUGCAGGCUGUCAAACACUUUGCUUAUCAGUUGUCCUCGACAAUGCUUUUGUAUAAUUUCUACAUUUAUUCUGUUAUAUGCUUAUUGAGAAUUCUUUCUCAGCUGUCAUAUUUAUUGAUUAGAGGUAUCUGUAGAUUUCCAAAGAGGCCCGAGAACCAUUACUUUGAGGAGAAUUGAUAGGUCAUUUAGUCCAAACUCUGUUCCUUGAAUGCAUAGAUAUCAUACAUGAAUCUCUCAUUAUGUACAUUUGUGUCAUGUUUGUAUCCUUUUAUUUGGAAUUACACAGCCAGGGAAGAGAGUUUUUGUGCUGUUGAUGAAAUAUGGAGUUUUCUGGAGAUGGACAUGCAAAUCUUCCCUGGUUACAUAAUAUCUACUUGUUAGUGAUGGAUGAUGAUGAAGAUCAUUAUUGAUAUGAUCAGUAAUGCUCUGUAACAGGUAACAGGUGUUACAUGCUUUCGGAGAAAGUCUUGUUUGUAAAUACAUGUGUAACAUUGACAAGCCAGAGAAAGUUGCCGCCAUUGUUAAAAAACAAAGCGUUUUCCAAACUUUGUGAAGUGAUUAUACAUAUUUGUCAUUUGGUGUUGAAAUAUUCUCCAUGUGUGAUUUAUGUUAAUGUGAUGCUAAAUAAGUAAGUAAUAUGUAUGGUAGAGCUGAAGAUAAAGGCGGAAAAGUGUGAUAAUAUGUUGUGACAGUGUCAGCACUGAAUGGUCCUGUGGACGGAUUUGUCAGUAAAAUGCAUUUAUUACAGAUUUAUGAAACAUCAACUUUAUUUUCACAAUUGUUUAAUCAAACUGGGUUUUGAGGAUACUUUGAGGCAGAAGUGGUACUGCUAGAUAAUUCUGAUUGUACUGUUCCUCUACUACUUACCUGCAAUGCCAUCAAUGCACUUUGUGUCAAACUGAAAGUAAAGAACCCUUUUCAUGGCUUGACAUUUACUGGAAGCUGGCCAGCUUACAACACUUUUCUCUGUUCUUUUAACCUGUUUUUAAUGUGUGCAAUUGUCAGAUGUAAUCUUGAUUCAUAGUCAUUUCUCAUGUUUUUAUUCUCAUUUCAAUGCUUUGAAACAUUUCUCUAAUAUGUAUUUCUUUCUUGACUUUGUAGUGAUUUCCUACUUUCCUAUAACCCAGAGUUAUCCCCCUUUCUUAUGGGGGAAAUUCAAAAGUUUAAUGUUGGAUUAAGAGUAGUUCCUUAUGUUAUAAGAUACACACACCCCACUUGGAAAAUGUUAAAACUCUGAUAUUCUAUUUAUUUAAGUAACUUUAAACUUACAUUGAUAAACAUUUCGUCUCGUAAGAUCUGCAGGAUGUUAUGGUGAAUGAGACGUAAAGCGGUGGUUUCAAGAAAGUAUGUCAAGUGAACUGAUUUUUCACUGAGCUGCUUUUAAUACCGGAAUGCCAUUCAUGUUCAGGGUGAAAAUACCCAAUUAGAGCUGUUAUUUAUUGAAAAGUUGACUCUGUCAGAGGGACAACUUGCAGACUUGCUUGUUACACCACUCCCACCACCAAAACAUAAGGAAUCAACAUUUAUAUCCAAUGUAAAACUUAUGAAGUGGCUACCUGCAGCAAUCAUACAAAUCCCCUCCCCAUAUUAAGGUCUUGCAGUAGCUGCCAAAAGUCAGUCAAUUCCUAUUUUCGAAUUUUCCUUCACUGAUUUGAUCACUUUGAGUUCUUAUAUAUGAUAUAGUUCAAGUGAUUGCAUUGGUGUAUUUUAACUGAUUCACAAACUACCAAUUUCUUUCUGUUUACAUGUGAUAAGCUUGGAUACCAGUCAGAUGCAAGCAAUACCAUGAUAUUUACAGAACAAAAUUACACACCACUUGUUGAUUUUAUUUUGUUAACACAACUAAGUACAUGUUUUGUUACUGAAGAAGGCUUGUUAUAGAGUUGAUAUCCAAAGGAUAAUUGUGCUAGAAAAGUUUCUGUAGGUAAUUAUGACAUUGCGAUGAAGUGGACGAGUCAGUGAUGAAGGCUGUAUAGUCCUAUGUACCUGUGAUGCGAAUGAUGGCGGUGUUAUUAUGCCUUGAGAUACCACCUAGCUUUGUGAAAGUCUAGGCUACAGAGUCUGGUAUAUUUGUACAAUAUUAAGCUGUGCACGCAGUACAGCAAUGAUGAUGCUAUCACAGUAUGUGCUUGGAGGCCAUACCAAGGAUAUAAUUAUAGAAUUUUAUAUAGCAUCAAUGAUUGCAUUAAAAACCUUUAUCUGCUA